ACCAAGCAGAGAGGGUAGGACUGGACCAGCGGACACAGAGGAGGGGGGAGUGAAGGGAGUGAGCGGCGGCCUGUGACAGGAGCCGGAGUUACUAGCAGCUCGGGGCAGAGUGGCCUCUCGGGAGCGGCAGGAAAGGACCGGGAGUUAUUUGCCUCUUCAUAUUUGUAUGCUGCAGGGGACAUAUCUGGCCACAAGGAAGGACACAGACACAUACACGGCAGUGGAAUAAAGCCACCGGACGACAAGGAAUGGGCUGUACCACAUGAGAAUUCAUUGGCAGGAGUACCUUGACCUUGAUUUGUGACAGAGCCUCUGAAGGAAAUUGAGGGCAACUUCAUGCCGAGUUCUCGUCGCUACUGCAUUUGUGUGAUAUGUGAUUUGCUGGAUGAUGUCUGUAAUGGAGGAACACCGUGACGACUAAGACCAGACGAGCUGCCUCCUACGCUGUAACAGAACGCCAAAAUGGAUAUUAGGUGUGCUGGACUUUCCCUUCCCAUGCUGAGGACUAUAAUGGUGCUGCUUAUGGCUUCUUGCGCUUGGUCAGCCUGGCCUAGCGAUCCUACGGAAGUCGCUCAGGAUUGGGACAAUCAGCUAGAGGCCUCCAUGCAUUCGCUGUUCCCUGAAAUCAAAGAGACAGUGGCACCAAUGACAGGAAUUCCGGACAGUUCUGCUUUGGUUGGCAGGCCCUUUAAAAUCCACAUCCCCACAGAAUUUCUCGCUUCCAGUGGAGAAACAAUCAAGAUUUCUGAAGUUGGAAAGGAGACAUUGCCCUCUUGGUUACAUUGGGAAGGUAAUUUUUUGCAAGGUCUUCCCCUUGAUGGGGACAAAGGGGUCUAUGACAUUUCUGUGGCCUCCCUGCACCUGGCACCAAAUGGAAGUUAUGUACCACAUACCACAGAUGUUUUCUCUGUAGAGGUUCAUCCUGAGGACCACAAUGAACCUCAAUCUGUGCGAGUGGCAGGACAGGAAACCGCUGAAGCAAUUCCUUUUCUAUGUGGCACUGAUGAGCCAGUAACACUUUUGACUGUAAUUUUGGAUGCAGACUUGACAAAAAUGACACCAAAGCAGAGAGUGGAUCUUCUGAACAGAAUGAGAGACUUCUCUGAGGUAGAACUUUUUCACAUGAAGUUAGUCCCCGUUGUAAACAACAGACUGUUUGACAUGUCUGCCUUCAUGGCUGGGCCAGGAAAUGCAAAGAAAGUAGUAGAAAAUGGAGCCUUGCUGUCUUGGAAACUUGGGUGUGGAAUGGAUCAGAACACUGUUCCAAACAUCAGUUCUGUUGAGGUUCCCGCUAAAGAAGGCACAAUGUCUGCCCAACUAGGUUAUCCUGUUGUAGGCUGGCACAUUGCAAAUAAAAAACCCCAAAUGCCUAAGAGAAUUAGAAGGCAAAUAUAUGCUACACCAACCCCUGUUACUGCUAUUGGACCACCUACUACAGCUAUUCAUGAGCCUCCAGAAAGAAUUGUGCCAACUCCCACUUCUCCUGCAAUUGCUCCUCCAACUGACACAACAGCUCCCCCAGUUCGAGAACCUAUACCUCUUCCAGGAAAACCAACAGUUACAAUUAGAACAAGGGGUGCUAUUAUACACACUCCCACCCUUGGUCCAAUCCACCCAACGAGGAUAAUAGAAACUACUAGUAUAGUUCGCCCAACAAUGACCAGGCCCAUUUAUGUAGAACCAACUGCUGCAGUUACACCUCCUUCUACUACUACAAAGAGGCCAAGAGUGACCACAAUGAAACCUGCCACACCACCAACUACAGAUUCUUCUACCACAACAACAAAGAAACCCACCAGAAAACCAAGAACCCGACCCCCCAAGCCUCUUGCUACUACCAAAGCACCAGCCACAAAAUUUGAGACUACAUCAUCGAGCCGUACCCGUACGUCUACCAGUGGGGUACCUAACACUGACCCCGAACUUAAAAAUCAUAUUGAUAAGGUUGUUGCAUGGGUGGGUACCUACUUUGAGGUUAAAAUUCCACCUGAUACAUUUUAUGAUAGAGAAGAUGGUACCACUGAUAAUCUCCAGCUCACUUUGGUGCCACGAAUAAAGGCAAGCGCUGGGGAGAAGAUGUGGGUUAUGCUCAAUAGUACUAGCCAGGUUAUGUAUGGUAUGCCUGACUAUAUACAUAUUGGAGACCAUGAGUAUUACUUGAAAGCUGCAGACAAAGCAGGGCGCACUGCGGUGGAUGCUUUAGAAAUCCAAGUCCGUAAUCUGUUCCAAAAACAACCAUCCCCUGUUAAAUUUCAUGCUAAGUUCCAUGGGGAUCACAAUGCUGUGAUUAACGAUAUUAAUAAGAAAAUUCUGCUAGUCAAAAAGCUGGCUUUUGCCUUUGGUGAUAGAAACAGCAGCUCUAUUACUUUGCAUAAUAUCACCAAAGGUUCUGUGGUGGUGGACUGGACAAACAAUACUUUCCCAACAGAACCAUGUCCAGUAGAGCAAGUAGAAAGUGUUGGCAAAAAGAUCUACGAUGAACGUGGCAGUCCUCGUCAACAUUUUGUUAACUCUGUGGAGCCAGAGUAUAAACUUUUGAAUAUUUCUUUGUCUUUCACGGGAAGUUGUAAACAUAAAAAUUUCAGGUACAUACCCAUGAGACCAGAGGAACCCAUUCCCACUGCGGUGGCACCGACUGUAGCUGCAGACAGAAACCCGGAGAAGAGCAGCGAAGAUGAUGUUUACCUUCACACUGUUAUUCCUGCAGUGGUGGUGGCUGCCAUUUUGUUAAUUGCUGGCAUCAUAGCUAUGAUUUGUUAUCGGAAGAAGAGGAAAGGCAAGUUGACCAUAGAGGAUCAGGCAACUUUUAUCAAGAAGGGUGUUCCAAUUAUUUUUGCAGAUGAGUUAGAUGACUCCAAGCCUCCUCCUUCUUCCAGUAUGCCACUGAUUCUAAAGGAGGAGAAAGCUCCCCUUCCUCCUCCUGAGUAUCCUAAUCAAAAUGUGCCAGAGACAAUCCCUCUAAACCAAGACAGCUUGGGGGAGUACACACCUCUUAGGGAUGAGGACCCCAAUGCUCCCCCUUAUCAACCUCCCCCACCUUUCACAACACCUAUGGAAGGUAAAGGGUCACGCCCCAAAAACAUGACCCCAUACCGGUCACCACCCCCUUAUGUACCUCCUUAAUGAACGGUUUGCUGAGUGGGAGGAGAAAGGGGGCUGUGAGUUCCAAACCAGUGUUGUCUGAAGAUUGAUAGCCUGCAAUCUGCUGUCAGGAUAACAGGAAAACUCUGCUGUUCUAGGCAAAGAGUAAAGACCUGGAGACUUUUUAUAGUAACUCCGCAUUAUACAUGCCUCCUUCACAGAUUGUGGAAAAUAUGGGACAUAUGUCAUUUGCCUAACGAUUUUUUUUUCGUAUUGGUAUUCAUACAGAUGUGUGCUCCGUUCUAGAUAUUUAACAGAUUGCAGGCUUUAAAGACACUAAAGAGGAAGUGAUUGGACAAUGUUGUUCAGCACUGGGGUGGCCUUUUGUUUCUCUGCUGUUUGCCUUUAACACUAACUGUAUUAUUAUUAUUUUUGGGGUUUUUUUUCCUUUUAUUCACGUGUGUCUAGAGCUUCAGGUCAUAAUGAAGUGGUAUGACGAAAGGUAUCUUUGAAACGGAACAUCAUUACAUUUACUCCUGUCUUCUAUAUAUUUUAAGGACAGCUAUCUAUACUUAAAAAAAAAUUCCAGCUGUGUUUCAAAAAGUUGUAUUCCCAAGCAUCGACUUUCCAGGUACCUGAUUAGAAAACCAUAGUGUGACACCGAGUUCCUGCUUAAAAACCUCCUUUCCCCUGGCAUUUCUGUGCCCCGGGACCGGCCUUUAAACUUCAUCGCCCUUGUCAAGAUAUGGCAAGCUUUCUGAUCGAGAGCUCGUGCAUGCAAAGCCUCUUUGGCUUUAUUGAAACACAGCCAUGUUUUUUUUUAGGUAAAGAUAAAAUACUUCACUUUGUUUUAAUUCUGUUCCCCCACCACCAACAAUGGUGUAGAUACGGUGUGCAGUGGUCUGAAUCAAUGGCUUGCUACACCAACCCCAUAGUCACAGCAAGUAAUUACCCAACACAUACUGGUGCUCUCCCCAAAACAGAAGGAAGCGAGCAAUCACUUUUUUUUUUAAAAAAAGAUUUUUGAUACAGCCUCGAAUUGUUUUAUUAAAAAGAAAACUUCUAAAAUGGAAACGCUUCAAGCUAUUUAUAUAACCUAAGGCAUAACACGAGUGGUGAUAUCGCUUGCCUUUUCUGCUUUCCAUAGGCCACUGUUGACAUUUUAGAGCCAUAUUUUAUGUUGUUUUUUUUUUUUUUAAAAAAAAAAAAAAGAUAUUUCUAUUAAGUUUUAAUGUAUUUAUCAUCAUUUCUGAGGGGAUAGUCGGAGGCUUGAUACUCUUGCUUUUCUCUCCUGAAACUAAAUUUUUGUUUAUAAGCAUGAUUUUUAUUUUCUUGACUGCUUUGAUUUUUUUUUUUCUUUGAUUUGAAUGAGAUAGGGGGAAAAAACUUUGCAAUAACGUUUCAUGCCUUUUGGAUGUUGAGGGUUGGCAGAUUCUGCACAUAAUACAAGACACAUUUAAGCCA